UAUUAAUUUAUUAAGCGAACAAGCGAAUUUGUUAUUAAGCGAAAUUAUCAUUUAAAGCAUAAAUACUAUUUGUUUUAAUAUUUUUUAUUUAAAAUAAAUCUAACAAUUAUUAGAUUUAUAAUAAUUCCUCAAUUUACAUAUUUGAAAUAUGAUAAAUACAGGAAAACUUGCUGGUCGUACAAUUUUCAUUACUGGAGCUUCAAGAGGAAUUGGGAAAUCUAUUGCUUUGAAAGCUGCAAAAGAUGGAGCAAAUAUUGUCAUUGCAGCUAAAACUGCAAAAUCACAUCCAAAAUUAUCAGGCACUAUAUAUACUGCUGCUAAAGAAAUUGAAGAAAUGGGUGGAAAAGUAUUACCUUGUGUAGUAGAUGUAAGAUAUGAAGAAAAUAUAAUUUCUGCAGUGGAAAAUACUGUUAAUAAAUUUGGUGGUAUUGAUAUUGUUAUUAAUAAUGCAAGUGCAAUUCAUUUAAUAGAUACAUUAUCCAUAGAAAUGAAAAAAUAUGAUCUUAUGAAUAAUAUCAACACUAGAGGAACAUUUCUAGUAUCUAAGGCAUGCCUACCUUAUUUAAAAAAAAGCUCAAAUCCUCAUAUAGUAAACAUUAGCCCACCAUUAUAUAUGAAUCCAAUAUGGUUUAAAAAUCAUGUUGCAUAUACAAUAUCUAAAUAUGGAAUGUCAAUGUGUGCUCUUGGAAUGGCUGAGGAAUUUAAAAAUGAUGGUAUUGCUGUAAAUACUGUUUGGCCAAAAACUGCUAUUGCUACUGCUGCACUUGAAAUGUUAUCUAUCGAAUCAAAUGAUUAUGCUCGUAAACCAGAAAUUAUGGCAGAUGCUGUGUAUGCUUUAAUUUGCAAAGAUAGUAAAUCUAUUACUGGAAAAUUUUUAAUUGAUGAGGAAAUAUUAAGAAAUGAAGGGAUUACAGAUUUCACAAAUUAUGCGUAUAAUCCAGAAAAUAAAGAUAAAUUGAUGUUGGAUUUAUUUAUAGAUGAAACUUUAGAUAAAAUAGAUUUAUUACAUAAAAACUUUCAAGAAGAUAUAUAUUAUAUAAAUAAUAAAUCAAAUGAAAAAAUAGCACAAAUAUUUACUGUUAUUCAGGCUAACUUGAAUCAUGAACUUGUUAAUAAAACUGGAGCCAUAUUUCAAUUUAAUGUUAAAGGUAAUGAAGCAGGUACAUGGUUUUUGGAUCUUAAAACUGGAGAUGGUGUAGCAGGUAAAGGAAAACCUAAUCAACCACCAGAUGUUACUCUGACAAUGGAUUCUGAAAAUUUUUUUGCUAUGUUUUCUGGAAAAUUAAAACCUGCAUCAGCAUUUGUAAUGGGAAAACUGAAAAUUAAUGGAAAUCUUCAAAAAGCAAUGAAAUUAGAAAAAUUGAUGCAACAUUUAAAAUCUAAAUUAUAAAAAUUAAAUGUUUUCUCUUUUUAAGAAGUAUAUCUUAAAUUAAGAUGAAAAUAUUCUUUUCAUAUUAAAUAUAUUGUUACUUUUUUUAAAAUUAACUCUUUGCACUCCAACGGUCGCAAAGCGCUCUCAAGUAUCACUCGCUAUAAUGCGAUAAUUCUAGAGGUGACUCUCCGGCAUCACUUGGAUUGAUGCAGCAAUUCGAAUAGCGACAAUAUUUAUUUAUGUUUGAUUUUUUUAAAAUAUCGCUUCAUAAAUAGAUUCCUAAGCUUUUUAAAUAUAAUUUUAUAAAGUGUAGAAUAAUAUACUAAUAUCAAAUAGUUAGAUUUUUUUAUCUAAAAUUAGACCGUGAUCACAGAUCCAAUUACAUAUACGAGUUAGUCCGAGUUUGACAGUCGUGGCGAUAGAAAUAUUAUUUUCAAAGUUUCUGAGUUUUUUAAACAUGAUUUAAAAAUUAAGAAAUUGAUAAUAGAGAGAAGGAAAAUAAUGAUAAAAAUAGAGAUAUAAUAUAAGAAAAUGAAAAAUAAAAAUAAUAGACAAUAAAUGAGAGUAUAUUAUUGGGAUUAUAAAGUUUGCAAUGAUAUUUUAUUGUGAUAUUUGCCUUGACAAACUGAGGAUACUUCUUAGUAAUUAUUUUAUUAUUAAAAUAUCACACAACAUAGACUUUUAAUAUUCAACAAUUUAAUAUUCAAUAAAUUAUCUUCCUUUAUAUGUAGAUAGAUAAAAUAUUAAAAUAUAAAAGUUUUAUAUUUAAUUUUAUAUAUGUUAAUUUGUGUGUGAAAUCAUUUUAAGUUAGCUAAGAAAUUCACUAAACGGGUG